CGUGUGCGGAGGAGUUUGUCGUGGACCGGCGGAGAGCGGCUGAACGUAUAGCUCCGGACGCAGCCCACCGGAAUGGCGGAGCAACGUCGCCGUAGCGCUGUUGUUGGUUGUGCUCUAGGAGCGGGACAUGGCGGAGACGGAGGUGACCGUGUCUGUGGGGGACAUGGUGGUGAUGAAGGCUUCUGAGGAAGAGGAGGUGGGGGCUGACGAUGCGAGCAAGACGCAAGUCAUCCUACAGCUGCAGCCUAUCACAUCUGGGGUUAGAGAUGAAACGGGGGAGUCAGGUACAACAGUCGUGGCAGUGGAGACACAAGAUGAAGCUUUGGUGGCAGGAGAUGAUGUUGAACUGGGAUAUCCUAUUACAUGUGGAGAGAGCAAAGCCGUUCUUCUGUUCAAGAAAUUCGUUUGCCCCGGAAUCAAUGUCAAAUGCGUGAAGUACGAGGACCAGUUAAUCAGUCCUAAGCAGUUUGUUCACAUGUCCGGCAAAGCCACUCUUAAAGACUGGAAACGGGCCAUCAGAAUGGGGGGAGUCAUGCUCAGGAAAAUGAUGGAUUCAGGUCAGUUAGAUUUCUAUCAGCACAGCACUCUGUGCACCAACACCUGCCGCAGUACCAAAUUCGACCUUCUUAUCAACAACACGCGGUUCCCUCCGGACAGCAGCGUGCUCAGCACUCCUUCCACAACCCACGGGCAGGUUGCCAUGGGUAACGGUGGGGAGGUCGUCAUGGUGGAGGAGAAAGCCGAGGAAGCGACCGGCUCUUUGGAUUGGAGUUCUGCUACUGUGGAAACUGUAGAGAAGAAGGAAGUAGCGGAGAUAUCUGAGGAGACGUUCAGCUUCUGGAAGGGCAUUGCAGAUGUGGGCCUCAUGGGGGAGGUGGUCAGCAACAUCCGUACAGAACUGCUGGAGCUGCUGAGGGGGGUGCAGCUCCGCUCUGACCAGGCGAACCUGCAGGACGCUGAAGUGGCCGUUCUGAGUAACCUCGCCCAGGUGUUUGGCCUGCUGGACUCCAUCAAACGCAUCCUGAGUGUUCGACGACAAAUGACCGAUCCAGGAGAGAAGCACGUCCUCAAAGCCCUGACCAGUUUAGAGCAGCAGCUGGAGGAGCAGAAGAAGCAGCAGAGCUGGUUGUCUCAGUCUCAGGCCCUCAGCAGCCUGCUGGCGCCCUCCUCUCCCCCAGCCAAACGCACCCCCAAACGCCCCCGGCUCCAGCGGCCCGCCUCCACCACCCUGCUGGGCUCCACCGUGGCCCAGCCUGUGACCCUCCAGCCCCAGCAGUUCACUGUGCUCUCCCCGAUAGCCCUGCCUUCCGUCGGACAGCCCUUCACCGUGGCCGGCUUGGCUCAGCCGCCCACCGCGGUCACUCUGCACGCCCUUCCUGUGGGCUCGCAGGUCUUCACGCGGAUCGCCACCGACGGAAAAGGCGAGACCAUCACACUCCACCCAGCGCAGGGGAUCACGCUGCUGGGCACGACGGCGGUGCAGGACCCCGGCUGCACCAUGGUCAGCCCCGUGGAGCUGGUGCGGCUGACCCAGGGCUCAGAGGACGAGAGCCAAGCUCACACCGCCACGGUCAUCGAGAUCGACCCGGCGCCGGUGGAGCACGGCGUGGGAGUCGUGGAGCUGCAGCUGGAAGCGGACGGCGCGGGAGGAGUGGAGGAGGCGACGCUGGCUGUGAAGGAGGGAGAAGGAGAGGAGGUGGUGCAGAGGGAGGAGGUGCACGGCCAGACGGAGGAGCUGCAGCUGGAAGCCAACGGACAGAUUCACAACCUACAGAUAUUAGUAGUAGAGGAGGAGCAGACACACGAGGAGGGCAAAUCCAAAUGAGAGAGACUGAUUAACCCACACAGAGCAGAAAGAUUUUGGCAGGUAAAAUCAUCUUAAAUCGAGGAAUUCAGUCAAUAAUAUCUCAUAUUUCUCAUUAUAAGACUAUUCAGCCUACUAAAAUUUGCUUAUUUGAAUAAAUAAUGUAUAAAAGAAGCUAAAUUAUCUGUGAAAUAGGAUUAUUUCGCAGCUUAAAGGGCCCAUAUCAAAUGAAAAACAAAGGGUUAUAUGGAAAUUAAGCUGCAUUGUUUCUGUGAUGUCACAAAAAAAACAACAUAUUUACACGUAUCUGCCUAUUCAGCGUUCAGCAAGUUGGAUUGUUUCAAACCAGAUUGCUUUGUCAAAGAUCACAACAGAGCUCAUUUACAUAUCAGUCUUAAAGGCACAGCAACUAAAACAGCCUGUUUAAUUCUAAGGGAUGGAGAAAUUGAAUUAUGACUUUUUAGUACAUAAACCAAUUAAAAUAUUAUAGGUGGACCAUAAAAACAUGCAAUAUGGGCCCUUUAAGUUGACUUAAAACAAGCAACAAUAAGUUAUAUUAUAAUAAUAAUCCAUAAUAAUUAAGUUUCAUGAGAAAUAUUAGAUGGUUAGACUAGGUUCAAGAUGAUUUCAUCAGCAUUUUCUGCAGCGCACACACACUCACUCAUGCACACUGACCCCUGAGACGGUCAGAGAUGCCGUUUGCACUUCGCAGCCAAGUCUGUUUUUUCUUUUUUGUAUUUUUUUUGUUUUGUUUUCUUUUUUUGUACCUACUUUCCUAAAAGUGGUCCGCAUGACCAAGUAUGAAAAAGAUGUAACUGCUUUUGUACGAGCAAGUCCAGUAUUACAUUUUGACCUUCA